AUGAGUGAUAAGGACAUCUUUAGAAGAUGUGCAUCUAUUCAUCGUCCAGUUGUUCGUUUGGUGGCAAGCUUAGUGAAGCGUCUGAGUGCACAUCCAUCCAGCACAAAUCUAGUCGGAAAAUUUACUCAAAGCGUACGAAGAAUUGUUCAAGAUGUGAAAGACGAGGGCACUUCUAGCGGGCAAACUAAAGAGGAGGUGAUCGAAACAAAUGAGCGACUCCGAAUGGUUCGUGUGCGACUCGAUGAAAACUACGAUACGGCCAAGAAAGCUCUGGUGAAUCUCAUGGCGAGGUACAACGAUUCCAAGGCUGAGAGGAACGUGUUUACGCGCUAUGCUAUGCUUAAAGCCAUGAUCAAGGAUGUGAUCCGUUUAGAGACACAAUACUGGUCUCUAGUAGAAAUUCCAAAACAAGAAAAGGCAGAAACAGUACCAGCGUUUGUGCUGCGAGCUUGUGCCAUCAUGGAAAAAACACAAAAAUCUGGAGAAGGUGUGAAGACGUCUUCCAAGCUCGCAGAAGAAGCAGCUGAUAGAAGGGAGCGGAUAGAACGACUCAAUGACAUGACCACAUCUCAGAUAGAAACAGAGAACACGCAGAUGACUAAUGAUUUAUAUCGCCUACUAAAAAAGUAUACGGGCUUGAGAAAUCUAAUAAGAGAACUUAAGUCAGAUUAUGUCAGCUCAAAGAUCUACCCGAUGUUUCCGCGAUACACAAUGUUGAAGGACAUGAUAAAGGAUAUCAUGCACGAUCCCGACUACAUGGAGGUGUGCCACGAGGUGGACCCG